UUUGAAAAAACAAGUUACCUGCUUCCAGAGCGUGGUCUCGUAAAGUAUCGCGAUACUCCGCGUGAGUUCCUAGACUCCUGAUCUGCUUGUGGUGGAAGUGUUUUUCUACGAUCACAAACAAGGUGCUGAUAGAAUCCUGACUCUGAUCAGAACAUCAUGGUUAGUGGGAAGGUCCAGACUGUCCUGGGUCCGGUGGACCCGGAGCAGUUGGGACGCACGAUGACCCACGAACAUCUGACCAUGACCUUUGAGUGCUGCUACUGCCCCCCUGCAGCCGGCGCUGAAGCAGAGCCAGAAAACCCCUUCCAGAUGCAGCACAUGCACUGGCUGAGACAGAACCCGUACAGCUGCCGGGAGAACCUGCUGCUGCAGCAGGAGACCGGCGCCGUGCGCGAGGAGCUGCUGGCCUACAGGAAGAACGGAGGAGGAACUAUAGUGGAGAACACGACCACCGGCAUCGACCGGGACCUGCCCGCCCUCAGACAGCUGGCCAAGGACACCGGGGUUCACAUCAUCGCUGGAGCUGGGUUCUAUGUGGACGCGACCCACUCUGAGGCCACCAGAAGAAUGAGUGUGGAGAAGACAGCAGCAGGUGGACAAGAUCCUGACGGACAACCCCAAACACUGGCUGACCUUCAAAUAAACCAAAGAGUUUGA